AUGAAUUAUCUAAGUACCAAUAUUAGAGGGGCGGGAAAUUCCUUGAAAGCAGUUCAUAUCAAGGAAUUGAAAAAGCAGAAUAACAUCAAUUUUAUAGCUAUACAGGAGACUCAGUUUACCGAUUCUGCCAAACUACAGGUAAAAUCUUUUUGGGGUAACUCUCUCUUUGAAUCAGAAUAUGUGAAUGCAUCGGGUAGGUCGGGGGGGUUAUUAAACAUUUGGGACCCAAAUCUCUUUGCUUGUAUCUCAUCGGUCCAUAAUAGGUUUUUCCUGGCAUCACUCGGUGAAUUAGUGAACGGGAGGGAGAAAUUGAACAUCGUUAAUAUCUAUGCCCCACAUGAUAACAAUCUCAAAAAGGAACUAUGGAAUGAUCUAAUUAACCUGAUGGAAUCACACACUGGGGCCUGGAUCCUAUUGGGAGAUUUCAACUGUGUACGUGAACCAUAUGAAAGAAAAAACUCAAAAUUCGAUCCCCUCGCAGCUAAAUCUUUCAAUCAGUUUAUACGUGUUGUUGCUCUAUCCGAGUAUGCUAUGAUAGGUUGCUCAUUCACCCAUAGAUCAGACGAUGGCAAACGGUACCGCAAGAUCGAUAGGGUUCUGGUUUGCCAAUCGUUUUUGUCUAAAUGCCCUCGGCUAAGCUCACGGGUCUGCCAAGAUAUAGAUUGGAUCACCGCCCCCUAA